AUGGAGCCACAACAGCUCCUGCAACGCUUGUUCCCGUACGUCGCAGCAGUGGAUGAUCACGGCAGGCCGCCCGAAAAGAUUCGUCUCGUGCAUGACGUAGUGCGGGACAACGUCCCGAAGCAACGACGGCGAAAUCCGUAUGCAUAUGACCGAGAGAAGAGCGAAGAAGAGAAGCUGCAGCUACAGCGCUGGUCGCACGGCGGUUCUUUCUGA